GGGAGGCAGUCUCUCUUCCUCCUCAAACUGGGGCUCGAGAAGGAGGGAGAAAUGGAGGAGUAUAUGCCAAUAUUUGCUCAAAUCAUGGUACAAGUCUUCUUAGCAGGCAUGCAACUCCUCACCAAAAUUGCAUUUUCUCAUGGCCUAGAUUUUUACAUCUUCACAACUUACAGGACCAUAAUUGGAACACUUGCCAUUUUUCCCUUCGCUUAUUUCAUGGAGAGGGAGAGAAGGCCUGCCCUGCGCAUCAAAACUGCAGCUCACAUGUUCCUACUUGCACUGAUAGGGAUAAGUGUUGCUCAAAACUGCUAUUUCAUGGGGCUUUACUAUACUUCCUCAACACUUGCCGCCACUGUUCUGAAUCUCAUCCCUGUCGUCACUUUUGUCAUGGCCUUCUUUCUCGGAAUAGAGGCCUUGGACUUACGGUGCAGAAGGGGACAAGCAAAGAUAGUGGGAACAUGCUUUUGUGUAGGGGGAGCCAUGGUCAUGACAUUGUUAAAGGGUUCAGCCAUUAAAAUGCUAAAUAUCAGUAAAUCCCCCACUUCAUUUUUGUGGCUUUCUGAUGCUUCCCUGUACUCUAAGUGGGCCUUUGGGACUGCGUCGCUUUCAGCCAGUGUUUUAGCCUGGUCUGCAUGGAUAAAUUACCAGGCAUUGGUGUUGAAGCAAUAUCCUGCUCAGCUAUCCAUGACUGGAAUUAUGUGUUUCAUGGGUUCAAUUCAGUCAGCCAUUAUCGCACUUGUCACCAAGGAAUCCACAGCUUGGAGAGUGGGGUGGAACGUGGAGCUCCUUUCCUGCGUCUACACGGGUGACAUGACAACCUCCAACGCACCCCAGAAUCAUGAAUUUACGGACAAUAUGGACACACGCAACGUGCAAGUGCUUCCUAAAGUAACUGACAGUAAAAGGGGGCCUUACCGCACCAAGGGAGUGAUGUGCACAGCAAUUGCAUACAUGGUCCAAAGUUGGUGCAUAAAAAAGAAGGGUCCCCUCUUCUCUUCUUCGUUCAAUCCAGUUUGCACAGUCAUCGUAGCCGUCUUGGAGCCCAUACUCUUUCAUGUUGAUAUCCAUGUUGGAAGUUUGGUGGGAAUGGUUAUGAUAAUAUUUGGGCUUUAUGGUGUGCUAUGGGGAAAAGCCGGAGACAUGAACAAGAAGCAGGGAAUGAGAAAUGAAGAGGCAGAAGGUCAUGCAUCACAAUCCAGAGAUGAGGAAGCCAAUGUUGUAGGCCUUCAGGAGCCUUUGUUCAAGUGAAAAAAAGAUAAAUGUUCAGGGCACGUGUGAAUGGAUCAUUAUAAUAUUAUGAGAUGAUUAUUAUAUAUCGGUAUUUUAUUUUUUGUAAUUCAGUGGAGAAGAGGUCCCCUCUUCUUAAUAGCAAUGAAAUUCAAAAUGUCAUAUUAUAUCACCACACUAUCUUGGCUUUAAGCCCAUUCCCUAUAUUAA